AUUAUGGAAAGUAUAAAAGUAGACGCCUUGCUUUAGAGAUAAUGGUUUCUACCAAAUCCACAAUGCGUGUCGGAACGUUGUUCACAGUUUUGGCGACUCAUCUGACUCUGGGAGUUUGUUUGUUCGACCAGCCACGGAACUGGAUUCACCCCAACUGGAACCUGCUACCCACUGAUAGCUGCGGACAGGUAGCACCUGACGAUGGUCUCAGGCCCAGGGUGCUCGGGGGAGUAGCUGUCGAUAUUGCCGAAUAUCCCUGGAUGGCCUACGUCGAAGAUGUUAUUUCGAAUGGUAGCAAUACAAAAUCCAUCCCUUGUGGCGGUUCUAUCAUCAGCGACAAGUACAUCCUGACAGCAGCUCAUUGCUUCAUGCAUAAAGAAAUUAGCUCAGGGCAGUUUCUUAGAAAGAAAACAAAUGUUAUGCUCGGAGAGCACGCUGUGAGCCAUUUCAGUUACUGCGUUUCUCACCGAUGUGCCUCUCCACCUGUGAAAGUAACGGCUGAUAGAUUGUACGUCCAUCCAGAAUACACUGAAGUAAAUCCUCUAACAGGAGUCUAUAGCGACAACGACAUUGCACUAGUCCGUUUAGAACACCCUAUAACAUUCACUGAUAAUAUACGUCCGAUAUGUCUGCCCACGGCAUAUGGAAAAUACAUGCAACUACUUGCUGAAGCAACUUACAUAGCCGCAGGAUGGGGAACAAAAACACCAGGCGGACCUACGAGCGAUAUACUGAUGGCAGUCAAAGUUCCGGUGGUGUCCAAUGAAGCAUGUGAGAUUUUCCCGCACUAAAAAUCUAUACGAGAGACACCUGUGCCCUCGAGGCACUACUUGUCGUCGUGUGAUCAGCGACAAGCAAAUCUGUGCAGGAGGAAUACAAGGAGAAGGUGUGUGCCACGGAGAUUCUGGAGGUCCUCUCAUGAUGUCUGUUGGGUUGC